GGCCGCCUCAGCGCGGGCCCCGCCUCUACGCGAGGCUCGGCGGCCGGCCUGUGUUCCCCGAAGCCCACGUCGCGCAAAAGCAGCCGGAGGAGGAGGAGCAGCGGCGGCGGCGGCGGCGGCGCUGAGGAGACCCGGCUGCUCGCCGGCAGCUGCUGGAGCCGCCCAGCCGCCGCCAUGAACUCCAACAACCGCACCGAGAGCGACUGGCAGGGACUGGUGAGCGAGUAUUUGGUGUGUAAAAGGAAGCUGGAAAGUAAGAAGGAAGCACUGCUAAUUCUUUCCAAAGAGCUGGACACAUGUCAGCAAGAAAGAGACCAGUACAAGCUUAUGGCUAAUCAGCUACGGGAAAAGCACCAAUCACUGAAAAAGAAAUACCGGGAACUGAUUGACGGGGACCCAUCUCUUCCUCCUGAAAAAAGAAAGCAGGCUAAUCUUGCCCAACUCCUGAGUGAUUCUCGGAAUCGAAAUAAGCAUCUGGGAGAUGAAAUCAAAGAACUUGAGCAGAGGCUGGGAGAAGUCCAAGGGGACAACAAGCUCCUUAGGAUGACAAUAGCUAAACAAAGACUCGGAGAUGAGGAGGUUGGGGCACGCCACUUCGCACCACAUGAGCGUGAAGACCUUGUCCAGCAAUUGGAGAAAGCACGAGAACAAAUUGAGAGUCUGCAACAUGAUCUUCAAGCAGCAUUGGAUGAACUACAGGAUGUAAAAGAGGAGCGCUCUUCUUACCAAGAUAAAUCUGACAGAUUAAACCAGGAGCUUAACCAUGUUCUUGGAGGACAUGUAAACCGCAUUAUCGAUAUUGAUGCUCUUUGUAUGGAGAACAGAUAUCUUCAUGAGAGAUUAAAGCAAAUUCAAGAAGAGGUCAACAUUCUCAAAUCAAAUAUUGUAAAGUAUAAGAAUGCACUAGAGAGGAGGAAAAAUUCCAAGUCUCACAGCAAAUCAAAUAGCAGUGCACUAACUGGAGUCCUUUCUGCUAAGCAAGUCCAAGAGCUGUUAUCAGAGGAUCAUGGAUGCAGCCUACCAGCCACACCGCAGUCCAUUUAUGACCUUAAAUCUUUGGCUACUGCUUUACUGGAGACAAUCCAUGAGAAAAACAUGGUCAUUCAGCAUCAAAGGCAAACCAACAAAAUCUUAGGCAAUCGUGUAGCAGAACUGGAGAAAAAGUUGAGGACUUUAGAAGUCUCUGGUUUGUGGAGUCUUCCAGGUGGCAAAGAUACAAUUACAUUCAGUGACCCCGCUAUGCCUAUUAUCCAGAGGUCUCGAUCACCAUUGCUAUCUUUCGCAGAUAAGCCACCGCAGAAGACAGAAGAAGAAACCAGAGAACAAGAGGAAACGUGUGCCGUUAAAACAGAAUUGACACUUCCAGAGAAAACGGCUGCAGUUUCUGAUGAUUCCUGCACAAACCAAAACAACGGUAACAAAACCAAUCAUUUUCAUCCAUCAUUACCCCAGUUUCCUUCUGAGGAAGACGGUGCAAAUGGGUUUGGGAAUGAAAUCAUUAAGCUGACAGAGGAGCAGGCAGCUGCAGAACUGGAAGGGAGCAGAGCAGAAUGUUUGACAGAGAGCCAGGCAGCAGGUCAGCCAGAGCUCAGCAGCUCAUCCGAAGGCGGAUCCCCCUUGCCCAGCCCUCCUCCCUUUGACUCCACAGAGCCCUGCAGCCUCGGGGGGAACAAACACGCAAACGAGAAGCAGGCCGCGGAAGAAGAGACAGGAACCUCGGAAAGUGACACUGAGAUUCUUUGUGACAAAAAGGAUGAAAGCGGUGACACAGUGGACGCCGAGGGUGAUGAAAAGCAAACUCUCCCAGCUCCAGAUUUCAGCGACAUUCCAGAUAAUGUACCUGCAGCUGUGACAGUUACAGACGGUGCUUCUGAUCUGGGCUCACCGUGACUCUCUUUGACCGUGGCAUUGUUUUCUGAAAGGAUGUGUCCCCAGUCUCGCCAAGCUUCUCUCAGCCGCCUCCUUGUUUGUCUGUCGAGAAAGAUCCCCUAACACACACACACACACACACUUCAAACACUUUGGUAUGUACAAACAGAUCCUAGAGAAAUGUGAAAAAAGGAGCAGGAGUAAAAUGAUGGCUUUCAGAAUUUUGCCCUCUGCUAUUUGCUGCGAUUAACGUUAUUAGAUAGAGUGACAUAAUUGAGAAUAAUGGGGCUUAGCACCCCAUCAUUAUGCUUUAUCACGUCAGUUACAUCUCUGUCUCUUUAGUAUGUAUAAUUCUUGGUGCAGUGCCUGUUUGAAUGUCUCUUAAGAGCCUGGAACGUCAGGGUGGGGGGGGGGAGGAGUUGCCUUU